UCACAGUGUUGCGUUAACACUUAACUAAACGGAGCGAUCCGUUCCUCCGGUACAAGUGCAGUUUGGAAAAUUCUGUCUCACAUUUUAAGGUAUGUGUCGGUUAGCGUUUCUUGUGCUGCUAGUAACGACCGUCACAACAGAGAACGGAACAUUGGCAGGUGUAUCGUCCAGUGCAUGCAGUACAAAAGAGUUUCAAUGUGCAAAUGGAGCGUGCAUUCCACAGGCCGGUCGGUGUAACGAUAGCAGAGAUUGUUCGGAUGGAAGCGAUGAAUCUGAAUGCGAUUAUUUCCUUUGUCGUGGACCGUUUUGGUACAAGUGCAAACAAGAUGCAACAUGUAUAAGUGCCUCCAGUCGUUGCGACAGGCACCGCGACUGUGUUCACGGUGACGACGAGGAAAACUGUGAGCACUAUGAGGUGCCUCACACUCCCAUGCUGUGUGGUAGUUCAGAGUUUACUUGCACGGAUAAAAUGUGUAUCCCAGCCGACCUCGUUUGCGAUGGAAUCGAGCAUUGCCUCGACAGUUCCGACGAAACAAUUGGAUGUAUCGAUAUUGAACACAAAUGUACCGGGUUUCUUUGUCGCAACAAACACUGCCUGCACACAAGCAGCUGGGUGUGUGAUGGCAUGAACGAUUGCGGGGACGGAUCCGACGAAGAGCAUUGCCUUAAAGAAUGCACUCUUGAUCAUCGUAAAUUCGAGUGUAGCAACAACCAUACGUGCAUCGCUUUGGAAAAUGUUUGCGACGGAACAGAUAAUUGCGGCGAUAACAGCGACGAAGCCUCUGGAUGUAGUUCGAACUCGUGUGUACAUUUGAAGUGUGCCGAGAACAACUGUAAGGUUAUGCCGAACGGUGAGGCAGUUUGUGUGUGUCAAAUUGGAUAUAAGUUCAACAAUGCAACUGGACAGUGUGAGGAUAUCAACGAAUGCAACCAAUACGGUUUGUGCACGCAGGGAUGCGUCAAUACUCCCGGUUCGUUUCAUUGCACCUGUAUCCAGCAGUUUAAUCUUAGGCGAGAUAACCGAUCCUGCGAACUGACGGACGGCUCAGAAGCCCUCAUGCUGUACACCUCACAGCGAUCUGUCGGCGCUCUCUAUCUAACGUCGUUGCAUCAGUAUUACGUGGCAAAGGAUCUGUCCCAGGUCAUUGGCGUCAGCUAUGAUGGCGAGCAUGUGUAUUGGACCGAUAUUGCACACAAGACCGAAUCCAUAGAGCGUUCUCAAGAAGACGGUAGUAAACGUGAGCUGCUGCUAACAGCCGGACUUAUUUCACCAGAGGACAUAGCGUUGGACUGGCUCACAGGAAACAUAUACUUUAGCGAUAGCGGUCAAAUACAUAUUGCCGUGUGCUCCAAUGAUGGGUUUUUCUGUAAGGCGAUAAUACAAGAAAAGCUGCAUAAACCGCGCGGUAUUGCCUUGCUGCCACAGAACGGUUCACUGUAUUACAGCGACUGGGGCGACAAGGCAUGCAUCGCUAAGGCUAGAAUGGACGGUAGUGAACAAACGAUCCUGAUCACUGAUGGAAUUCAUUGGCCCAACGGACUAACGCUGGACUGGCCAAACGAGCGCGUGUACUGGAUUGACGCGAAAAUGAAGCGUAUCGAAAGCGUGCGGUUCGACGGACGCGAACGUGUUGUGGUGAUAUCCGACGUCUUAAAACACCCUUUUUCGGUGACUAUUUUCAAUGAUCGUAUUUAUUGGUCCGAUUGGGAUACGAACAGCGUACAGUCGUGCGAUAAGUUCACCGGAAAAAGUCGGCGAACGAUGGUGCACGAUCGUAUGAUCUUUGAUGUACACAUUUAUCACUCAAGCAUGCAACCAAAAGCAAGUCAUCCUUGUUUGAAUCACACAUGCUCCCACUUGUGCUUGUUGACAUCUAACACCAGCUACACCUGUGCAUGCCCAUACGGGAUGGUUAUACAGCGCGACGCACAAACUUGCCAAUAUACAACCAAGCGCCAAACACUGCUCUUAGGUGUUGGAAACUAUCUAGUCUCCUUGAAGCAUCACUCGUUUGGGCGCCAUGAAGCGGCAAAGGGGGAACCAUUACAGCUCACUAUAAGUUGCUUAGCGUUUAAUAGUCUUACCGGAGAAGUUCUGAUUGCCGACAACGUUCAAAGGGCAAUUUUUGCAGUAAAUAUGGAACGCUGGUCAUCGCGCAAAGUAGUCAGUACUGGGAUUGGGCGGAUCUCAGCAAUCGCUUUCGACGGCCUCAGCAACGCACUGUACUGGUCUGACGCUGAAAGAUCAACUAUUGAGAUAUAUAGUUUGCAGAACCACUACCGAUCUAUCAUUCAGCACUUUCUAGGCCACGAUGCUCCAAUAGCACUAGCACUCAUUCCGGAAAUCGGAAAAAUGUUUGUUGCAUUACGCUCAAACGUCGCGCCCUGGCACACACAUAUCGACCGUUUAGAUAUGACAGGCCGCGACUUGCACACUCACGUGAUUGAAGACGGACUCGGCAGUAACGGCACGAUAAGCUUUUGCGUCGAUCACGAUCUACGAGCCGUUUUUAUGAGUGAUAUGGGCAGUGGCCGCAUUGAUGUAAUAAGCUACGACGGUGAUACGAGACAUCUGUUCCGAGACUAUUUACGACUACCGGUGUCCAUAACUAUUGUUGGAGAUGAACUGUUCUGGACAGGCUACCAGUCGCAACGCAUGUACUGGUCGGAUAAGCAUAAUAUUGGGGCAACGAAAAAAAUCACUAUUCCACUGCCUUUUGGGAUGCAUGCUCCGGAUGAAAUUCCAAUCACCGUUACCAAUCCGGCACAGCGUCAAGACCACCCUUGCCAGCAGAGGAAUGCGGGUUGUUCGCAUAUUUGUGUUGCUACAGGACUCUACACAAGUGCGUGUGUUUGUCCAAAUGGAAUGGUGUUCAAUUCCUCUCACAACCAGCAGUGCGUAGAUGCUGCGGAGUGUGAAUUCAAAUGCGACUCAGGUGAAUGCUUAUCGGCUAGCAAACGGUGUAAUGGACAGCGUGAUUGUCCGGAUGAGACUGAUGAACAAAAUUGUGGUCAAACCAAAACCAAGAUUGUUAUUGGUUGUCAUCGGGGUGAAUUUCAAUGCACCGACGGUAGUAAAUGUAUCCCAAUGAAACAACGAUGCGACAAUACCAACGAUUGCGGAGAUGCAUCAGACGAACAACAUUGUGAGGGAUUCUUAGGACAUCAUGAUUGCCGCGACUCGCAGUUCUCUUGCAGAAACGGACUUUGCAUUGAUAUCACUGGGCGUUGUGACGGAUAUGUCGACUGCAUCGAUGGUUCGGACGAGUUCGAAUGCACUAGUAUGUCGAGCAAAAACGAUUCAGCAACUUCCUGCGAUGCCGAUUUAUUCCGCUGCAACAAUGGUCAAUGUAUUCCAAAAUAUUGGGAAUGUGAUGGCUCCCCAGAGUGUGCAGAUGGUUCUGACGAGCAUGAGAAAUGUAGCUUAAACGAUACAUGUCAUGCUGGCUACACUAAAUGCGCAGUAGGAUUCUGUAUAGCAAAAGAAAUGCUUUGCGAUGGAAACGACGACUGUGGCGAUGGCUCCGACGAGGAAAAUUGCAGCACAGACCACAUUACACUAUGCGAUGAGUUGGAGAGGGAAAACUCAACCGUGUUUUACUGCAACAAUCCAAAAUAUUGUUUCGACAUCAGCGUACGUUGCAAUGGUUCUGCUGAGUGUCCCCAGGGAGAGGACGAAGCAGACUGCUCGAACUGUGGUCCUCACGACUUUGAGUGCAACAAUGGACAGUGCAUUCAAGAUGAAUGGCGUUGCGAUAAAGAAAUUGAUUGCAACGAUGGCUCGGAUGAGGAAAACUGCACAGCAUCACUUCGAUCUUCGCUAAGUCAACCAAUUUCUUGCAGUUCUAAUACAUUCGAGUGCAAACCCGGAGAAUGUAUAGCAAUUUCAAAGCUAUGUGAUGGCGUAGAUGAUUGUUCCAACAGUCAAGACGAGAAAAGUAGUUGCGCUGCAGCAUGCCUCGGUGGGUUGGGGCCAUGUGACCAAGUAUGCCAUAAAACACCUUCUGGAUCCGUAUGUAGUUGUCACGAAGGAUUUGAGCUAACUGGGGACAGGAAAAGAUGUGUCGAUAUCAACGAAUGUGUGAUUAGUCAACCUUGUGCACAGGUUUGUACAAACAUCCAAGGGUCUUAUCGUUGCUUUUGCUAUGAUGGCUACAUGUUAAAACCGGACAAGACAACGUGCAAAGCAGCCGGAGCAAGUUACUACUUGCUAUAUGCGAGGUUCGACCAAAUACGGAAGCUUACAAUCAACCCCCCCACUAUUCAAACGAUUUUAAAUGCAAAUAGUAGUAGAAUUACGUCGAUGGACAUAAGCAUUCGAAAUAAGAAGCUUUUCUUCACCAGCGAAAAUAUUCCGGCAAUCUUCCAAUUAGAUUUGGAAACACAUGAAAUUCAUAUGCUUUCAGAUAUUGGAAAACCGGAAAAAGUGGCUGUUGAUUGGGUCACCAACAACGUUUACCUUAUUGAUAAGAGCGAACCAUCGAUUAAGGUAUGCAAUUUGCAACGUGGAGUUUGUGCACGGCUUGUAUCAUUUAUGCGGCAACACUUCUUGAAAGCUUUAUGCGUUGAUCCUGUAAACAAGUAUAUAUUCUACUCAGUGUUAUUUUCUUGGAUCUUCGAAGAACCACAAUCGAUCAUAUAUAGAGCAAAUUUAGACGGCUCGUUGAGACAAAUUGUUGCUAAGGACAAUGGUCUAGUUUCUACUCUGGCAGUGGAUCACAACAGUAAAACACUGUACUUUACCGAUUUGAGCAAAAAUACCCUAAACCGCGUAAGCUAUGAUGGUAAAGAACUAGCGGUUCUUGUACGUAACCAACCGCAUAUGAUAAACAACCCGGUAGCUAUGUACUUAUACGAAAACCAUGCCAUUAUCGUGAAUCGAGCUUGGGCGGCAUUGAGCGAUUGCCAGUUAUUUGGAGAGUACAAGUGUAAGCGUUUCAAUGUAAACGUACCAACGACCCAAGAAAUAUUAUUCGUACAAGAGGCUCAACAACCUGCGACCGAAAACAUUUGUGAUGAAAAGCGAUCCGAGUGUUCUCACCUAUGCAUUCCUUCGCAAAAUGAAGGGAUCUGUGUAUGUCACAACGGGCAACCGAUAUUAGCAGGAGAUAGGUGUCCUGAUUCUUUAAAAUAUGGUAUGGCAUCAGAAACAAUUUAUCACCGUAACUAUGAAAAUACCAUGUCUGUAAGUGAAAUUCCAAAAAACCAGGAGUCUAACAGUUUCCACUUCAAGUUAUUGAAAACAAUGUUAAUUACUGCAUUUAUUGUAGCACUAUGUGGCCUAGUAUACUAUAUAAGGCGAAAACGAUCAGGCCAUGAGUUUGAUGUUAGAAUACACUUCAAUAACACCGAGCUGACCCAAAUCGAUAAGGAUAAAACAGAGGAAUUCAAUAUACGUCCUGUUUUUAAAGAAACCGUAACCCUAAACGAAAUAACGUUUCUUCCAAACAAAGCAACUUACAAACAAGAACCGUACGAAUCAGAACCGUGCGAAUCAGAACCGAACGAAUUAACAAUUCAUGCAGAGAGCUAUAGUAGUGAUGAAGAGUGUGAGCAUUGCGGUUUGAAUGAUCUAUGCAAAGGAUUGGGUGAAGAUACGAUAAAUUUGUUGCCUUAAUAAUCAAAUCGUUCAUUAACCAUAUCGGUAAUUAUUUCGUUCGUUGUUUCGUUAAACAAAGCCUUAUUUUAGUUCACAAUAAGAUGUCCGCCAUGCGUAAGCGUUUAUAAGCAAAUUUCUAAAAUUUACAAAAAAAACAUGGAUCAAAUCCAGCACAUUCGUAAUUGUGACAUUAUUAAGCAUAACUCUAAAAUUUGCACUAUAUUUUGUAUCUUUGAUUAGCAAUAUAUUUUGCUUUUCACACAUCAGGUCUGGUUUAAUAUGUGCCAUUUUCUACCAUUCAAAUUUUUUUCAACUAAUUCAAAUAAACAUCAAUA